AUGUAUAAUUCAGCAAUGGACGAAGGUAAUAUUAAUCGUGAUCGUAUCGUUAAUGGUGAAUCAGUUCCUGAGGAAUAUUUCUGUCCUAUUUGUCAGGAUCUUCUUUGGAAGCCACGUUCAUGUGCUUCAUGUCAACAUUUAUUUUGUGAAAAAUGUCUUCAUAUGUGGCUUGAAAAUUCUACCAAUGCAAAUAAAUGUCCAUUUCGAUGUCAACCAUUUGAAGAACGUCGAUGUCCUCCUUACGUUCAUUCAUUAUUAGCUAAAUUAAAUAUUUAUUGUAAAAAUGCUUCAUUUGGUUGUACUGCAACUCUUUCCUAUGAUAAAUUAGAACAACAUGAAAAGAGUGAAUGUCAAUAUUUAACUCAACGAUGCUCUGAAUGUGAUCAAUUAGUACUUGUUUCAAAAUUGAAUGAACAUACACAGAUACAAGGAUUGUGUAUUCCACAACCGAUUAAAUGUACCAUUUGUCAGAAUUAUUUUCCCAAACAUUUCUUUCAAAAUCAUUUUUAUCAAUGUUGUGAAAUGAAAAUUAAUAAUUUAAUUGAAAGAACAAAUGCUCAUCAAACUUUACAACUGACCGCAGAUGGACAACAAAUACCAAUAAAUCCUGGAAUGGCAUUUUUUCAAUCUAUGUUUACCAUGGUUCAAUUAUUCAAAGAACAAAGACAAUUUUCACAAUUACCAACAAGUUUAAAAGGUCUCAAUGCAGUUAGACAAGCGGAAGAACAAAAUCGUAGUUUUGUCUAUCGUCUAUUAAUCACAUUAAAAUUUCUUCUAAUUAAUUGGUCUAAAAUACCUUUCUUUAUAUUGAUAAUUACAUUAGGUAAUUUUCUAGCAGCCGGUAUUCUUUCUCUUGGUUGUUUUGUUAUUUUAUCAAAUUGGACUUUUAUACAUAUUCAUCAUGGGUCUCCACUCCUGAUUAUACUUGUUUAUCUUUUAAGUUAUACAACUUAUGUUUUACUACAAAUCAUAUCCGAUACGAACAUCAUUUUCUAUGUUGGGCUUUGUACGUUUUUAUUUGGUUGUUCGAGGAAUUUAUCAAUCGAACUCCUAGAAAUGAAUAUAUUAUUCAAUAAACCAAUAAUAUGUAUUAUCAUGUGUUGUCUUCAAUUAUUGUUAAUGAAAAUAAUAUUAUUAUUACUUAGAUUUUACUAUUGGCUCAUUCCAAUAUAUAUAGCUACCACUCUUGUUACUAUUUUUACUUGUGUUUUGGCAUAUAUAUUCUAUCGUAUUCAUGCAACUGCAGCUGUACCAUCACCACCAGCAACAAAUCGAUUAAUAAUGCCUGUUUAA